AAACAGCAGCGCAAAUACUGUAGUCCCAGCCCAGCUUGCAACAGUCCGCGCAUCCCCAUUUCCCUUGACAUAUCCUCCCGACGAGCUCGCCGACUUUACCAUCGAUGCUGCCUGGCCAAUGUUGAGCAGCUACAGCAACUCCGUGGUCACUCGCUUCCAUUCCAGCGCCAAGGUCGGGCGCCAGCAGCCCUCGGGACCAGUCAGGACCCACCCCCCUCCAGCACCCAGCCAGCGCCCAGGGCGGCGGCGGUGCCCCAGCGCGGCAGCAGCAGCGGCAGCAAGCGGCGGCAGCGGGGCCGGGGGCGGCAGCGGCGGCGGUGGAGGCGGGGGCGGGAGCGGCUCGGGGGCUGCUGGUGGCCGUUACGUGCCAGGCCCAGACGAUAUGGCGCCGUCCAUUGCGGCGGCGGGAGCAGGGGCAGCAGGGGCGGGCGGCGGGGUGAGGGCGCGGUCGGCGGCUGUGGAUUUGGGUCUGGACCCCCUGGCGGUGUCCGCCCCCGUGUACACCCCGGCUGAGCGGCACACACUGGACGAGUCGCCCGCGGAGGUCUUCUUCGGCCGGCCGCGGCUGGGGGCGGCGGCCCGCCACACGGACCCGCAGUGGGCACAGCGGCUCACAGACCUGUACAGGCGAGUGCUGCUGGACUUGGUGGGGCCCAGUGGUGGCGGCGGCGGCGGCGGCGGUCGUUCGUCGGCGCCGCCGGUGGUGCUGGACCUGUGCAGUGCGGCGCUGAGCCACCUGCCGCCGGAGCUGUUGGAGCUCAAGGAGGCGGGGCGGCUGCAGCUGGUGGGUCACGGCGUCAAUGAGGAGGAGCUGGCAGCCAACCCCGCCUUCGCCGGCAGUAGCAGCAGCAGUAGCAGCAGCAGUGGCGGCAGUAGCAGCUGGACCUUCACGGCCGACCUGAACGCCAGCCCGCGGCUGCCGCUGCUGGCCAGUGGGUCGGUGGCGGCGGUGCUGUGCGCCAACGGCAUCCAGUACCUCACACGGCCGGAAUGGGUGUUGGCAGAGGUGGCCCGGGUACUGGCUCCGGGCGGGGUGGUGGUGGUGGCGUUCAGUGACGCCUGCUGGAGGGAGCGGGCGGCGGCGGGCUGGCUGGGGCGCAGCGGCCCACAGCGGCUGCAGCUGAUGGAGGAUUUGUUCAUGGCUGCCGGCAUCAGCCCGCGGGAGGUCGUGGCCGUCACUGACCCCCCGCCCGCCGACACCACCACACCAGCAGCAGCACCAGCGGCCCUCCCGCCGCGGCCCGACGCCUUCUACGCCCUGGUCGGCCACAAGCCGCUGGCCCCAGCCGCCAACGGCGUCGCGGCCGCCGACGGCGCAGCAACCGCCGCAGCCGCAGCAGGUGCCACACCGCAGCAGCAGCAGCAGCAGCAGCAGCAGGCGGCUGGGUCCGGGCCUGGGGUGCUGGCCGCCGACGCCGACCCGGCUGCAGUGGCGGCGCGGUACCCGGGGCCGGCCCUGCGCGAGAUGGACCUCCUCCCCGCCCUGAACGGCACCCCCAACGGCGUGUCCGCGCCUCACCCCGCCGCGGCCGGUGCGGCCGGUGCGGCUGCGGCUGCGGGCGGCGUGUCGGCCGAGGUGCUGGAGCGCUGGGCGGAGGCGUACGGGCAGCUGGUGGAGGACGCGGCGGAGCUGGGCGUGCCACGGAGCGCCAUCCCGCAGCUGCCGCCCGGCCCCGUCAGCGCGCAGCAGCUGCGGGCGGCGCGCGACCACCUUCAGGACAUGAUCGCGUCCUUCCUGUCGGCGGGGCUGUAGCGGCGGGGGGGGGCGGCUGGGGGGAGGCAGGGGGGGAGUUGCGGCUUGAAGCAUGACCACCGCACCUUUGGUGCGCUGUGGUGCGGCCACCACAGCCUAGCAGCCCGGACCUCGGGCGUCGUAACACGGCACCAGCUGGCGGAUCAGGGCGGAUCGAGUGUGGUGGUGGCUGUGGUGUUUCAGUGUGUGGCCGUGAUCAACUCGGAUGGUGCGGGCAGGUUCUAGAGAGCCAAGCGGCGCUGCAAUGGCUGUGACGCGUACCGGUGUGCUUCAGGCGUCUUGGCGAUU